AUGAAUUUCAUGGCACAUUUAUCAGAUACUUUGACUGAAGCUGGACAUAAUGUCACAUUUCUGGCUCCAAUUUCGGAAGAAUCUCUUCAAAACCGAAUAAAAGUUCAGACAAAACAUUUGUUAAAUGUUGAACAAGAUGAUAUUUAUAAAACAAGUUCAAUAACAGAUAAAGAUGUAGUAAUGCAAUCACUUUGGACUUAUAUUGAAAGCCCGAAAAAAAACAAAGAACAAUUCAAAUGGUUUGAACAUCAAAUGGUGGAAACAUGUGCUAAUUUAUUGAGAAAUCAAGAAAUAUUCGAAAAACUAAAAGAUGUUGAAUUCGAUGUUGCAAUUGUUGAACCAUUAUCAGUUUGUGGAUUAGCUUAUUUCAAAUUAUUAGGAAUCGAAAAAACUAUUAUUUCAACAUCUUGCACAAUGUAUGAUCAUAUUAUGCCUUUAAUUGGAGAACCAAAUCAUCCAUCUUAUGUUCCAGGUAAGUUCUUCAAAUAAAUUUUCAGAGCUAUUCAUUAUUUUCAGCACUUCAAUCUUCUUAUUCCGAUAAAAUGAACUUAUACGAAAGAUAUCAAAACUAUUUGAAUAAUGAAGAAUCGUUUGAAUCUAUGAAAAGUAUUUUCGAUCACGAGAUGAAACUAUUUUCAAAAUGGAAUAUUUCGAAUUGGCAUGAUCUUUAUUCAGAAACAUCAUUACAUUUUGUCAAUUCGAAUCCAUAUAUUGAUUUUCCUCGUCCAAUUAUUCAAAAAACGGUUCCAAUUGGAGGAAUUAGUGUGAAUUUGGAGAAAAUUAAAUCCGAAAAAUUAACAGAAGAAUGGAAUAAUAUUUUGAAUAAAAGAAAGAAAAAUAUGCUAAUUUCAUUUGGAAGUAUGGUAAAAUCAAUGGAUAUGCCAAGUGAAUGGAAAAAUAAUAUUUUGAAUGUUAUAAAAUUAUUUCCAAAUGUAACAUUCAUUUGGAAAUAUGAAUCAGAUGAUUUGGAAUGGGCUAAGAAUGUUGAAAAUGUUGUAUUUUCCAAAUGGACUCCACAAACUGCAUUGCUAGGUGAGUUUUGGAAAUUCAGAACAAAAGGUAGAUAAAGAAAAAUUAGGAAGAAGCCUAAUUUGAAUAAUGUAUGUUGCAGGCCUGUGCCGGAAAUUUUCCGAAUUUUCCGAAUUUCCGGUUUUUCCGGUUUUUUCACGGAAAAAUCAAUUUUCCGGUUUUCCGGAAAAUGUGCUCGGAAAAUCCGGAAAUGAUCUCUAGUAGUAAUAUUUUCAAAAUUGCCUAAAUUUUGGAAAAUUUUCUCAGUUUAUGAUGGAAAAAAAUGAAAUUUUUGGAAAUUUUUUUUUCAGUUUUUCAAAUUUUACUAUUUUUUAACGUAAAACGUCUCAAAUAGUUACUAAAUUACCUGUGAAUAGAAGAAUUGUAGAUAAAAAUAAGUUUUAGUGCCAACUUAAGGCUGGAAAUCGAAAUUUCAGACUUUGAAAAAUUUUCCGAAUUUCCCGGAUUUCCGGUUCAAAAAAUCCGGAAAUUUUCCGACUUUCCGUUUUCCGGGUUUUGAUUUUCCGGCACAGGCCUGGUAUGUUGCUUCAAGUUUUAUACAUGUUUUUUGUACAUAUUCACUAGCGUUUAGAAAAUGUUUCAGGAUGAAUCACAGAAACAAAAUUUGAUCAGAGUUAUAAAGAAUAUAUAUUCGACAACAGAAAUUACAGGUGACAAACGAGUGAAUGCAUUUUUAACACAUGGUGGUUUGGGAAGUACAAAUGAAUUGGCUUAUUUGGGAAAACCAGCAAUAAUGGUUCCAAUUUUUGCGGAUCAAAUGAGAAAUGCAAAUAUGUUGAAAAGACAUAAUGGAACUAUUGGUUUAUCAAAAUUCGACUUGGGAAACUUUGAAUUAUUGAAAAAAUCAAUCAAUAAUAUUUUAAAUGAUGAAAAAUAUUCGAAAAAUGCAGAAAAAUUGGCAAAAUUAUUAUCAAAACAACCGAUGAAACCAAAAGAAACAGUUAUAAAAUAUGUUGAAUUUGUCAGUGAAUUUGGACCAUUUUCAACAAUGGAUCCAUAUUCAAGAAAUAUGUCCAAAAUACAAAUUUAUAUGUUGGAUAUUUAUUUCAUUUUAAUUUUAUCGUAUUUCAUCUUAUUUAUUGGAUUUAUAUUCACUGUUAGAUUUUUGUAUAAUCAUUUGACUUUUAGAAUUACAAAAAAUAAAAUCAAAAUGAAUUGA